CCGCCGCCGCCAUUUUGCUUUGGCUUUGCGGAGCGGGAGACGAUCCCCGUCUCGGUUGCGGGACCCGCCUCCCCUCGGUUUGGCCCCUGUAGCCCUUCAGCUUCCCGUCUCCUCUCUCGCAUUUCCGCCAGCCGCUUACCCGCUGGCCGCCUCCUGACCAGCGGGAGGGAUCCGCCGUGGACCAAGGGAAGCGGAGGAGCCUGGCGGCCACCCCCUCUUCCCCGCUCCCCUGCACUCUCAUCGCUCUCGGCCUCGGCCUCUGACACGAAAAGGAAGUAAAUGAGCUGAUGGAAGAGCUUUUUGAAACUUUCCAGGAUGAGAUGAGAUUCUCCAAGGUAGAAGAUAACGGCCCUGAAGAGGAGGAAUGCGUGACUGAAUCUCGGCCUACCUUUAACACCCCUGAAGGCCUACGAUUUGAGGAACCACUGGCCAACUUAUUAAAUGAACAACAUCGGACAGUGAAGGAGCUAUGUGAACAGUUGAAAAUGAAGAAAUCUUCAGCCAAACAGCAGCAGGAAGUGGAGGUUAAGCCCCAGAGUGAGAAAAUUCAUCAGACUCUGAUUCUAGAUGCAGCACAGAGAAGGAGACUUCAGCAGCAGAUGCAGCAGCACGUUCAGCUGUUGACGCAAAUCCACCUUCUCGCCAUCUCAAACCCCAGUCUCGAUUCCGAGGCCAAUACAACCACGAUAUUUCUUAAGGAGCUGGGAACCUUUGCUCAAAGCUCCAUGGCCCUUCACCAUCAGUUCAACUCCAAGUUUCAGACCUUGUUCCAACCCUGUAACUUGAUGGCAGCUAUGCAACUUAUUGAAGACUUCAACACACAUGUCAGCAUUGAUUGGCGUCCUCAUAAAACCGUCAAGAAGACAGCCAGUGAAUUUCCCUGUUUGCCAAAGCAAGUGGCUUGGAUAUUGGCCACAAGUAAGGUUUUCAUGUAUCCAGAGCUACUUCCAUUGUGUUCCCUGAAGGCAAAGAAUCCCCAGGAUAAGAUCCUCUUCACCAAGGCUGAGGACAAUUUGUUAGCUUUAGGACUGAAGCAUUUUGAAGGGACUGAUUUUCCUAACCCUCUAAUCAGCAAGUACCUCCUGACCUGCAAGACUGCCCGCCAGUUGACCGUGAGAAUUAAGAACCUCAACAUGAGCAGAGCUCAGGACAAUAUCAUUAAAUUUUAUAAGAAGACCAAACAACUGCCCGUCUUACUGAAGUGCUGUGAAGAGAUCCAGCCCCACCAGUGGAAGCCUCUUGUAGAGAGGGAAGAACACCGACUCCCGUUCUGGUUAAAGGCCAGCCUGCCAUCCAUCCAGGAUGUAAUGCAGCACAUAGCUGAUGGCACUAGAGAGAUAGGAAAUGUGACGGGAAACACUGAGAUCAACUCAGAUCGAGGCCUAGAGAAAGACUGCUCGGAUUUGGGGAGUAAAACUCAGUACCCACUGUUGUUGCCUAAGGGUGUAGUGCUAAAACUGAAGCCAGGUGGCAACUGUUUUUCCAGAAAGGCAUGGAGACAAAAGCGAUCAUCAGUCCUGAAGCCCCUUCUUAUUCGACCCAGCUCCUCUUUGCAGCCUAGCUUCAACCCCGGGAAAAUGUCAGCCGUGUCAACUCAGUCAAAAGCCCCUCCAAGCAAAAUGGUAGUCUGAAUUCUUCACUUGAUCAAGCCAGCUACUGUUCUACAGUCAGUUCCAGGUGUUCCUCCACUGGGGGUUAAUGGGAGUGAUAAUUUUGAGUCUCCUGUAGCACUGCCUGCUAUCCCUUCUUAGACAACAACCGUCUUCCCUACAUCUGAGUCCCAGACCUCGCUUUCUUCCACUCCUUUGCCCAAGGUAAUGCUGCCCUCCCUUGCCCCUUCUAAGUUUCAAAAGCCAUGUGUGAGACGGAGGAUGGCAAAGAGAAAGGGGUCCAAGGCUUCUCCCUGUAUGAAACUUGCCCCCCUUAUUCACCCCGCACCUGUUAUCUUCUCUGUUCCUGCCACCACUGUGAAGAUUUUGAACCUCAGCAGUAGCUGUAAUGUGAUCCAGCCUGUCAGUGCAACUGUGGCCCAGAGCCCCCAGACUAUUCCCAUCACUGCCCUCUUGGUUAACCCUACUUCUUUCCCCAGUCCACUGAACCAGCCCCUUGUGGCCUCCUCCAUCUCACCCUUCAUUGUUUCUGGUAACUCUCUCAAUCUCUCUAUACCAGCCACCCUUGAAGAUAAGGCCCAGGUGAAUGUGGAAAUUAAUUGUCCUUUGGCUGAAGGGAAAAAUGCCAUUCAGGGCCUAGAACCCAAAUUAGAACCCCAAGAACUACCUCCUCUUUGUGAUACUGGUUUUCCCAAAGUGGAACCUAGCCCAGUGCCUCUCCCAACAGAUGAAGAGUGCCAAGAAGUAUUUUCAGAGAACAGUGCCUAUCGCUGGACUGUUGUGAAAACAGAGGAGGGAAGGCAAGCUGUGGAGCCACUGCCUCAUGACUUCCAGGAAUCUCUCAACUCCGCCCCUGGGAAAUUAAAGGAAAUUGUCAAGAUGGAAUCUGAAGAUACUCGGGAGGAAAUCAGUGUAUCUCCUGAGCAGGAUAUUUGUGAUGAAGUGAAAGAAGAGCACUCUGUGGAACUGGACACUGGCUCCCCAAGUGAGGAGUUGAGCAGUGCUAGAGAGAGAAAGAAACAGACAGUCUUACUAAAGGAAGAGGAGAGGAGUCAGCCAGCCAGAGCCCCCUCAGCUUCUCAGGAGCCUCCUAAUGAAGCAAAUGCAGGAGCAGAUAUGAGCAAAGGAUUGCCAAGGAAUGCCUCAUCCUCCACGGACCCUGAAAUGGUGCUUAGUAGCUCCCCAGGGAAGCCUGAAGACUCAUCCAGUUUGGAUGGCCAGUCAGUGGGGGCCCUGACAGGGCUCGAAAGUGGACGAGAGAAACAUGGCCCAAAGGAAGAGGAAGAGUCCUUGGAUGACUUCACCCAAGAUGAGGAAGAUGAAAUGUCAUCAGCUUCUGAGGGAUCUUUGCUUUCUGUCCCAGAACUCCAGCCAUAAAGAACCAGGAUGACCUAAUCGAAUGAGAUCAGCCUCCCUAACAAACUGCAAGGCCAUCACCUGGAGUUGUAAAAUGUGUCACCCUCUGACUUCCAGGCACCAGACCUGUGUUAUCCAAGCUGGAGAAUGCAGUAGCUGGAGAUUUUUCUCACUAGUCACACUUUCUUAUAGAAACCUUAAAUACAUGCUCUCCUCAAACCUUACUCCAUACUCCUGUAGUGCUGCUCCCUUUCCAGACCCUCUCCCUGAAAAGUGUAAUAAAUUUUUUUACUUUG